AUGGAAGACGAUUCUCUCUUCCAAUCUCAUCGCUCAGCAACUACGCCGUCAACACCGGCACCUCGCAGACAACGUAGCCUACCUCCGAGUCUACCUUCCUUCGAUACCUCUUUUCACCGCACGUUACAUUCGCGCAUAUCAAACAAGCACCAUGGUAUAACUCGUGCGAAAGUAAAAGUUGCUAUCGAACUUGAACUAAGGGAAGAAAGGCUAAAGGAGGCUUCUGCGCGUGGUGAUUGUAAUACCGUUAUUAAAUUACUUUCUACUACACCGCAGCCUGAUAUUAACAGUGCAGAUGAGAAAGGUAGAACACCUUUACAUUUCGCUUGCGCUGGUGGAUAUAACGAUUGUGUCAAGCUAUUAAUCGAACGUGGCGCAAAUGUUAAUGCGGAAGCAGAUAUUGCCGGAAAUAGACCAUUACAUUUGGCUGUCAUCUCCAAUAAAAUGGAUUGCGUGAUAGCAUUAUUAGAAGCAGGCGCAAGGAUAAAUAUGAAUGAUGCAUUUCAUCGUACACCAUUGUCGGUUGCAAGAUCGCGCCUUAAUAUUUUAAUGAAGAAUAUCGAAUCUGCUAACGUAGAUGUUGAAGAAAUGGCGGAAGAUAAUGAAAAUAUACCUGAAAAUCGGGAAAUUUUUGUGCAGGUUUUACAGGUAACAAUAUAUUUCCGAGAAUAUAAUAAUAUUCAAGAUACAAGAGAUAAUGCUAAAAUUAUAGGUUCAGUCGAUACUUCUAGUGCUGGAAACGAACCUAUGAUAAUUUCCAAUACAGAAUCAGCAACAAAUGCUAUGGAAGCCUUAGAUGAUUUGACUUCUCAAUUAUCACAAAUGGCCAUUUCAACUUCAAAGCUUGAAAAUUCAAAUAAUGACAGUGUUAUAAAAAGCCCAUCAGUAAAUCAAUAUAUGAUACCUGAUUCGGUCGUCUUGAACAAGGUUCAAAAUGUUCUUGAUAACAUAAUCAAAUAUCAGACAUAA